GAACUUGUCCGCAGAGAUAAACUGACAACGGAAGAAGUACAAUGUAAAAAUAGUAUAGAGUUGAUGAAUAAAGUGAAUCAUCUAGAACAAGAGAGGGCUGAUCUGAUCCAGCUGGUCGAGGGUGAUGAGAUAUGGGUCCCCUCCCAGUGUCAGUAAUGAUAAUAGUGGCAAGCAGGCACCGGACCAAGUACAAGUAGAUGAAGGGCAGGAAUUCUCAUGGUUUUCAACAGAUGAUCAACACUUAAACAGUCAAGGUCAUUCAGAGGAUAACCGUCAAGGUCAUACAGAGGACAAUCACAGGUUGGGAGAGACAGAUGAAGCACAUAAAGAAGAAGACAAGAUUGCCAGUUUAGAGAGUGAUUUGAUCCUAGAGAAAGCACGCUCAGACAUGUGGCAAAAAAUGUAUACCGAACAAAAAGAAUCUUCAGAAAGCAUGACAUGCUCGGGAAAUGAGAUUGUGAAGCAGUUUCGCCAACUUCUCCAGAACCUUUCUGUUCCUGAGGACCUAUCAGAGGAUAUGAAGGAUAAAUGGGAAGUUGUGAAAAAUCAGUCCUUGGAUGGGUGGCAGUUGAUAAUGGACUUAGCUUCAAGCAUGACCCCAGAAACAACACCAGAUGAGAAUGACUUCCAGACAACUCAGCAGGAUGACAUCCACAAGACAACCUCGCAUGGUAAUUCCAAUCCACGAAACAACGACUGGGGUUUUGACAAAGAUUCAGGCAGAGAUGAGGAUACUGAUGACCAGAAUGAUUUCUCAAGUAGGAGUAAUAACAAGAAAAGAUCACUCCCAAAGUGGAGUGAAACCAUCCGAGAUGUCUACAACAAAACCAAGUCGUCCAUGUCGGAUGUCAGCCAGCAGAUCAAGGAAACUUGGGAACAGGUAAAGAAUCUUUCUCAAGAUCUUUGGAAGGAACAUGAACCAUCCAUGAGAAAGUUGAAAGAGAAGGUGUCAAAAAAAGUGGAGAAAGUGUCGGAGAAACUGAGCACAUGGUUUACUAGGAGGAGAGCAUAUGCUAACCACAAACGUUCUAAUUAUUGGCAAUCUCAACAGAAAAGUGAAGAAGAAACAUCAUCAAAUACCGGAUCCACGAAGAGAAGGAGUUUCACGGCAGAGGAAGAGAAGAACAAUCCUACGACAAGUGACAAUGAAGAAGAAGAGAAUUAUGAUGAUGAUGAUGAUGAUGAUGAUGAUCAAAAAGAAUGGGAGUAUUCCGAGUCUCUGGUAAAAAAGUAUCGUAGACAAUUUUGGAAAUUUAGGACGAAAAUGGACAAACUUAGUUUGAAUAAAUUUCUGCAAAUGAAUUUCAAUCAUUGGAAAAAAGCUUAUAGAAAAAUAGAAAGGUUUGUUAAAAAGAUUGAUUUACAAGUCUUAAGCCCUCCUAACAGGAAGUGGUUAACAUGUCAGCGGGAUUGGUGGUUUAGCAUAUGUACAAAUGUAAUAAUGGACCCUAACUGUAGAGAUGUGCUUCAAGGCUGGCAGGUCAAUAGGACAGGAGGGAACCCCAGCAACAGUAAUGGUAGUCAUGACAAUGGCCCACAAAGUAAAUGUCAACGAAAAGGAGACCGAAGCAGAAAGCACUGUGGCAAAAACAACAGAGGUGAGAAAAGAAGGGGAGACAAAGCAACUGGACAAUUUCCUAACAGGCAAUAUUCUACAAGUGAACAACACUAUCAAGAUGAGAAAAACAGGCGGGAAACACACAAGAAAGAGGAAUAUAGUGAUAGUGGUAAUGAAGAAAUAAUCCAGGACAAAACCAGACACUAUUGUGACCCUAACUCUGGGGAUUGUCUGACCAGGGAAUCAUCCUGGUACAUGCAGCAGUUGAAGCACAGAUCGGACAUGCGCAGUAUGGUCGAACAGGAAGCAGAAUUGAGUGGCGACUCUGAUUGGAUGUUCACUAGAGCUGAAGAACGAGAUUUCCAACGAACUCUCCCUGAUGACUGGUACUUUCGAAAACUUGACAGCAACCAGUACAAGGAAAAUGAUUUCUUUGAUGAGGAGUAGUACUUAAUGGUUAAAUUCAUCAGUGGACUGGUAUUACUGUAUUUAUUUCAAGUUUAUUUUAAGUGUGCCACCUUCCUUAAUGCAAAAUUAUAGUUUGGGGAACGCUUAUUUGUAAACCAAAUUUUGGUUACUGUUUUAAAUUUGAUGGUUAUGUAAAAUUUAAGAAAGUGCCUGUUUGUGGACAGACUGUGAGAGGCUUUCUUGCAAAUAAAUACAGUACUACUAGUGGUUGCUAAGUUAAGAAUACUUGAUUAGUCGCUGGUGGAGUCAUCAACAUUUAUCAUGCUUGAUCCUAUGCAUUUCUCAUCCACAUCCAUUUAAUUUGACAAUGAAAAAGACAUUACACUUGCAUCACAUUAGUAAGCUAGUUAUGUUAAAGGUGGUCAUCACCCACGUAAAAUAAAAUAUAAAAAAUAUAUCAAUUUUAAAACAUUAAUCAUAUAUUUUGAACCGUAUAUGGACCAAGGAUCACUUAGUACUUAAUGUAUUUACAUUAUCUUUUUUCUCUAUGAGGACCUGCAUUUGGUAGAAUUACAAUUGUUAUAGAACUAUCUAUACUUGUUUAUAUAGAAAAAUGCUACACAGUGUAUAAUGAGGUUUUAAUAUGAAAAGUACAGUUUUAAUAUAUUCUGGUAUUUGUUAUUGGAUUGUGACAUGGUAACUGUUCUAAUUGGUUUUUACACUGUUGUAUAUUUUAUGUUACGGAUUGAUAAUCUGUCCGUCAAUCAGUGUGAUUUCCCAUGAAAACAAACACUUAUAUAUCAUGUUGUAAUCAAAUCUGUAUUUGUAACAUAAGAUCUGUUUUGUAGUAAUUAUAACCAAUGAAUUUGAUGUUUUGGAUGAAACUGAAGCAGUGUUUUCUCUACAUUUCAUGGUCAAGGUUUGUCACCAAUUUUACUUUUAUCCUAUAAAAGGAAGUUUUUGAAGUGCUACCCUAAAAUCAGUUGUAUUGCUAAGUGCUACAGUACUUAAAUAUAAAUUGUCAUUGUUAAACAUUACCUUUAUGGGUGAUUACAAAUAAGUAUUCAGAUUGUUGUUUAUGGUUAACCUUACUAUUUCAAUGGGUUUUUUUUUAUCAUACGAUUGUUAUAUGCUUACCUUACAUAUUUAGACAUUGUGAUAUACAUGCAAUAUACAUUUUCAAAUGUAAAAAAAGGCUUUAUCACCUAACUGACCUGUUCUAUCAUUUCAUGUAAUUCACCUAUACUAAAAGUAUUACAAAGGUGUAAUAACACUCUUUGCUGUCAUAAAUGAAAUAUAUCAUGUGAUUGCCCCAGUAGCAAAAAACAUACCGGAGAUGAAAUUUGCCUGUUUUAUUGGAAAAUUAAUGGGAGGGUUUUAGCCCAUUCCUGCAGAAAAUCAGUUAUGUGAAUAGAAUCUUACACUUGAGUCAUUUUAAUAGAAUUUAUAUAAACUUGUUAAAAUAUUUGAUACAUCAUAAGCCUUACAUUUUUUAAAAAUCAAUAUAACACAACAAACUAGUUUAAUCAUUUGAUGAAUUCCAUAAGGCACCUAAGAUAGAUUAUCUUUUUUAAUUACCUACUUAGCCAGACAAUUAAGUUAAUUAUGGUGAUGGAAAUACUAGCUGCAGUAUUAUAUUAUUUUACAGCCCAUCAACAAUUUGAGUCAUUCAGGCCAAACAACACCAGAUUAGAAGGAUGUUCAAUCCAUGGAAAAAGAGCAAUCAAAAUUGUAAAUGUACAGGGGUCACAGGGACGGGGCAAGGCUGAGUGAAAUUGACUGAAAAAUUAAAAAAAUCUUCUGCUCAAUGCUCAACUAUAGUAGAAUCAUAUGCUGUAAUAGAUGGAAGGGUCUUAAUGUGCUUCACUAAAAUUGUGAAUUUCAUGACCCUUGGGUUCUGUGUUUCCCUCUGGGGAGGACGUAAACUUUACUAUAGUUUAUAUAGGGAAAUCUCAUUUUUGAGCAUCAUUUGUUCAGAAAAGGUCCACGUGCCUCUGGUAUUUUAAGGUAGAAUUCUGUUGCACGUAAAUAUUUUGAUAUAUCUGAUGGAGAAAUUGUAUCGAAUACGCAUUUCAUAGACGUAAUGUUAAAAAAGAUCUCAUGAGUGUUUGAAAUCGGAGUACUCUAUCAUAAAAUGCUUUACAGUAGAAGGUUGAUCGCAUGCUUGACAAAAGGGAAUAUAUCCUCCUUUCGUAAAAUAUAACUGGAUGAUACAUGUAUGGCUAAUGUUCAAACGUGAGAGGAUAACUUCCUCUAGACGAUUUGCUCUACUUUUACCACACGUAUCCAUUGUGUUUGCUGUUUGUGACCAAUGUUUUUGCCAGUUCAAUUUAAUUAUCAGGUUCGUUAUCAGUGAUUUAAAUCAGAAUAUGGCAGUCUGAUGUUUUUGUUUUAGGUUAAGGGCUGCCUUAUCAGCUUCCUCAUUUCUAGUAAUUCUGACGGAUUGUCGUGCUGAACUCGUUAUUUACUACUUGGUAAACCUUUUCGUACUUUUUUCACCUCAAAAAUAUAUUAUAAAUGUAAAUCUGGAGUAUGACCAACACUUGUUAAUGUGCAAUGUAAAUCCGUGAAAAGAUUUGGGCAAUGCUAGUGUUCAGUCAUUAUUAUAAUUGUUUUAGUGCUUAAGUUGAGCUUACCAGCAUUUUUCUGAAUCUUCCUUCCUGUUGACGUCAUCCCUUUGAAAAAAAAGUAGAAAAAACUGGUUUCACUGAACUAUAUAAGUAUAUUGGCGAAACAUUAAUCCCUAGAUGCUUGAUAUUUUUGUUAUAAAGGAAAUGGUUCCAAAAUUAUAUUUUGUUGAUAUAUAUAUAUUUAGUUUAAUUUAGAUACCAUAUUGUUGACACAUAACAAAAAGAAGCAUGUAUCACCGUUGUACUUUAAAAAAUAAAAGUAUUGUUUCAGUGAG